AUGUCUACAACACCAACAACAGAUAAUACUAUAUCAUCUUCAACAACAAAUACAACAACAACAACAAAUAUAAAGAAGAACUUGUUGUUAGGUUUGACUGGAAGUGUAGCCACUAUAAAGUAUCAACAAUUGAUAGACUUGUUAUUGCCUCAUUUCAAUGUUAAAGUAGUGUUGACAAAGAAUGCAUUACACUUCUGUAAAGACAUUGGACAGAAUGCUCAACUAAGAGUAUACACCGAUGAAGAUGAAUGGACAUCCUGGUCCAAACGCGAUGAUCCCGUGUUACACAUUGAGUUAAGAAAGUGGGCAGACUCCAUGCUCAUUGCACCAUUGUCAGCCAACACUCUUGCCAAGUUAGCCAAUGGACUGUCCGACAACCUAUUGACAUCAAUAGUUAGAGCAUGGGACUUCAAGAAUAAGGAGUUGAUAGUUGCACCCGCAAUGAAUACAAUGAUGUGGGACAAUCCAUUCACUGAGAUGCAUCUGAGCUCACUAAAGUCAUUGUCUGCUCGUAUCUCUAUCAUUCAACCUAUUGCCAAGAAACUCAUUUGUGGAGACAUUGGAGUUGGUGCCAUGGAAGAAGUAGGAAGAAUAACAGAGAUAACAACCGACCUGUUAUACAAGCAUAUCCAUCAAGAUUAA